AAGGUAGCAAUUUUCCGUCCCGCCAAUCAUCUCAGAUACUUCUCGCUGCGACGUGGUGUUUGGUAUCUUUUGUCUUCGUCAACAUUUACAAUUCCACUUUGACAUCUUACAUGUCAGUCACAUAUCAGAAACCUGAAAUAAAUUCAUUUUAUGAGUUAGCAGCUGCUACAUCCUACAAGGCAACUAUAUUAACAGGAUCGAUUCAAGAAAUAGAUUUAAUGGAAUCAACUAACUGGGCUAUGAAAAUUGUGGCCGAUAGAAUUGAAAAGUGCGCCUCAGACUGCAGGAAAUUCAGCGUACAGGAAUUGGUUUCCCCACUUCUGGAUAACAAGGACUAUGUUUCAAUAUUGCCAGGUAGAAUUGGAGCAUCGCUGAUGCAGAUUCACAACUCUGAGAGAGUUAAAUGUCGUCUAGCUCUUGCCUUUGAGAGAAGGUCGUGGUUGCCCAUGUUCUUCGCAGUCCAAAAAAAUAGCCCUUACAACGAGGAGAUUAAUCGGGAGUCAUUAUGGUUCAGCGAUACUGGACUUAGCGAGUACGGCAAAUCGAAAAACAAACAGUGUCAAUUAAAGUACAACAGCAAUGGGGUUUCGACAAAGAGAAUUAGCAACAGAAUCAAACUGGAGCAGUUUUAUCUACCGUUUCUGAUUCUUUUCGGUGGCUAUUUACUUGCUUUCGUGCACUUUUUCGGUGAAAAGUUUAUCUGUCCCCCUCGCACUUAGCAAGUAAUAGCAAUUAAAAACUGUUUACCUUGCUAGCAUAGUAUAAGAUGGCGGGUCCUCUAGAAAACGUUGACGACACUUCUACUUUCAUCUAUCCCUGUAGUGCAUGGAUGAAAACCGUAGUAGUUGUUCUUUCCUAGUUUUUCUAACAAUGAAAACGUAAACAAAUUAUGUUAAACGAACUACGCAUACGAUAAAAAGUACGUCAAAUGUGACAAGACUAAAGAGUGGAAGUAGUAAAUUACAUGUUUACCAAAAUAGUAAGAAAAAGUAUUCAACAAAACAAAAUACACGAUA